AGGGAGGGUAAAUAGUGGACCCGGCAGGAAGAUGGCGGCUGUAGCGGAGGUGUGAGUGGAUCUGGGUCUCGGCCGUUGGCUUGGCUCUUCCCGUCUUCCUCCCCUCCUCCCUCCCUGACUGAGGUUGGCAUCUAGGGGGCCGAGUUCAGGUGGCGGCGCCGGGCGCAGCGCAGGGGUCACGGCCACGGCGGCUGACGGCUGGAAGGGCAGGCUUUCUUCGCCGCUCGUCCUCCUUCCCCGGUCCGCUCGGUGUCAGGCGCGGCGGCGGCGGCGCGGCGGGCGCGCUUCGUCCCUCUUCCUGUUCCCUCCUCACUCCCCGGAGCGGGCACUCUUGGCCGUGCCAUCCCCCGACCCUUCACCCCAGGGACUAGGCGCCUGCACUGGCGCAGCUCGCGGAGCGGGGGCCGGUCUCCUGCUCGGCUGUCGCGUCUCCAUGUCGGAUAACCAGAGCUGGAACUCGUCGGGCUCGGAGGAGGAUCCGGAGACGGAGUCCGGGCCGCCUGUGGAGCGCUGCGGGGUCCUCAGCAAGUGGACAAACUAUAUUCAUGGAUGGCAGGAUCGUUGGGUAGUUUUGAAAAAUAAUACUUUGAGUUACUACAAAUCUGAAGAUGAAACAGAAUAUGGCUGUAGGGGAUCCAUCUGUCUUAGCAAGGCUGUGGUCACGCCUCAUGAUUUUGAUGAAUGUCGGUUUGAUAUUAGUGUAAAUGAUAGUGUUUGGUAUCUUCGUGCUCAGGAUCCAGAUCACAGACAGCAAUGGAUAGAUGCCAUUGAACAGCACAAGACUGAAUCAGGAUAUGGAUCUGAGUCCAGCUUGCGUAGACAUGGCUCAAUGGUGUCACUGGUGUCUGGAGCAAGUGGCUAUUCUGCUACAUCCACAUCUUCUUUCAAGAAAGGCCACAGUUUACGUGAGAAAUUGGCUGAAAUGGAAACCUUCAGAGACAUCCUGUGUCGGCAGGUUGAUACUCUCCAGAAGUACUUUGAUGUCUGUGCUGAUGCUGUCUCCAAGGAUGAACUUCAAAGGGAUAAAGUCGUAGAAGAUGAUGAAGAUGACUUCCCUACAACUCGUUCUGAUGGUGACUUUUUGCACAAUACCAAUGGCAAUAAGGAAAAAUUAUUUCCACAUGUAACACCAAGAGGAAUUAAUGGCAUAGACUUCAAAGGGGAAGCAAUAACGUUUAAAGCAACUACUGCUGGAAUCCUUGCUACACUUUCUCAUUGUAUUGAACUGAUGGUAAAACGGGAAGAGAGCUGGCAAAAAAGACACGACAGGGAAGUGGAGAAGAGGAGACGAGUGGAGGAAGCAUACAAGAAUGUGAUGGAAGAACUUAAGAAGAAACCCCGUUUUGGAGGACCAGAUUAUGAAGAAGGUCCAAACAGUCUGAUUAAUGAGGAAGAGUUCUUUGAUGCUGUUGAAGCUGCUCUUGACAGACAAGAUAAAAUAGAGGAACAGUCACAGAGUGAAAAGGUCAGGUUACACUGGCCUACAUCAUUGCCAUCUGGAGAUACCUUUUCUUCUGUUGGGACUCAUAGAUUUGUACAAAAGCCCUAUAGUCGCUCUUCCUCCAUGUCUUCCAUUGAUCUAGUCAGUGCCUCUGACGAUGUUCACAGAUUCAGCUCCCAGGUUGAAGAAAUGGUACAGAACCACAUGAAUUAUUCGUUACAGGAUGUAGGUGGUGAUGCAAAUUGGCAACUGGUUGUAGAAGAAGGAGAAAUGAAGGUAUACAGAAGAGAAGUGGAAGAAAAUGGAAUUGUUCUGGAUCCUUUGAAAGCUACUCAUGCAGUUAAAGGCGUUACAGGACACGAGGUCUGCAAUUACUUUUGGAAUGUUGAUGUUCGCAAUGACUGGGAAACUACUAUAGAAAACUUUCAUGUGGUGGAAACAUUAGCUGAUAAUGCAAUCAUCGUUUAUCAAACGCACAAGAGAGUAUGGCCUGCUUCUCAGAGAGACGUACUGUAUCUUUCUGCAAUUCGAAAGAUCCCAGCCUUGACUGAAAAUGACCCUGAAACUUGGAUAGUUUGUAAUUUUUCUGUGGAUCAUGAUAGUGCUCCUCUGAACAAUCGAUGUGUCCGUGCCAAAAUCAAUAUUGCUAUGAUUUGUCAAACUUUAGUAAGCCCACCAGAGGGAGACCAGGAGAUAAGCAGAGACAACAUUCUGUGCAAGAUCACAUAUGUAGCUAAUGUGAACCCAGGAGGAUGGGCGCCAGCCUCGGUCUUAAGAGCAGUGGCAAAGCGAGAAUACCCUAAGUUCCUAAAGCGUUUUACUUCUUAUGUCCAAGAAAAGACUGCAGGAAAACCAAUUUUGUUUUAGUAUUAACAGUGACUGAAGCAAGGCUGUGUGACAUUCCAUGUUGGAGAAAGAAGGAAAAGAAAAAACAAAAAAAGAAAACAAAAAAUCAAAUCCUCUAAGCUGGAACGUAGGAUCUACAGCCUUGUCUGUGGCCCAAGAAGAAACAUUGCAAUCGUAAAGCUGGGUUUCCAGCACUAGCCAUCUCCUGCUAGGCCUCCUCGCUCAGCGUGUAACUAUAAAUACAUGUAGAAUCACAUGGAUAUGGCUAUAUUUUUAUUUGCUUGCUCCUAGGAGUGAAAAAAAAAUAACUUUGAAUUACAACUAGAAAUUAACCGAUGCUUUAAUUUUGAGGAACUUUUUCAGAAUUUUUUAUUUACCAUGGUCCAGCCUAAGACCCUCAGUUGUAUCAGGUUUUGUGCACAAAAGAAAAGCACAAAAGUUGAACGCACCUGAGGCACGUGCUCUCUGUGCACUGAAUACUCAGACGGGCUUCUUUUUACAGGCCGACAGUCUGUGUCUGUGUCCGGAAGGUUUUGACUUUUUUGCUUUGUAUAAUCAUAGAAUCUAUUGCUGCUGAUUUCUAUAAGAGUUCAUGUUGUGUGUCUCUUCAUAACUGAGGACUGUCAAUAACCUGUGAUUUUGCCUUUUCUAUAGUCUUACUCCCAUGAAGAACAUUGGUUCUGAUGGAGAAAGAAUGAAAAGCUUUAUUCCCCCAGAUAUCUUUAUAUUUUUAUUAUAUAUUUUAGUUGUGUACUAUGUGCUACCAACUUUUUUCAGUUUGUUACAAACACAAUUUGGUAAUUUUUAAAUUGGUUCUGCCUGCCUCCAGUCAGAGACAACUGUACAUCUCUUAUGGGUAUAGAGUACUUUAUAUACAGAGGUCAGGAUAACGUGGGUUCAUAUUUUCCCUGAAAUUUAUAAGAGAAUAUAUGGUAUUACUUGUUAAACCAAAUCAGACUGUUUGAAUUUGACAUUUGAUUUAAUAUUUCUAGUAUUCUGUAACAAAUAUGGUAUAGUUUUUCUAGCUUGGAUUACUUUAAAUGAUAAAUGAUAUAUCGGAGAUAUACAUAGAAAAUCUGAACAAUGCUCCAAUUUGCCUCUUGAUCAUAAAUUUCAGCAGAGCAGUACAAUUUCACAGUAUUCAAACUGAAAACUGUCUUUAGUUGCUAUGAGAAGCUAACAUGUAAAAUACCUGAUUUAGUUGUAGUCCUCUAUGAAAAAUUUGGAAGCAUGGAGUUGAGGCAAGGAGUGGUACUCACUUCAGUUGAGAUAACUGCCCACUUCAAACUUGAUUGUGUUUACAAGCAGAUGUACUUAUGUAAAUCAGGCAUUUUGUAGAUGCUUCGCUGACUUCUUCCUCUCCUUAGAAACACAAAAAUCAGACCCUUUUGUAAAGCAGAGAGUCAUGUCAUGUAAAACAUGACCUGUAUAUAUUCCAUACAUCGAAAUGGAGUCUAAAGAUGAAUGCAAGGUGUGAUAAUUUAAUGAUGGGAUUAGUCUGAUCACUUAAUAUGCACAAUCCUGGAAGUGAAUUACUUGCAUCAGAUAUAAUGAUAUUUAUUACUCUGUACAGAGAGAAAAGUUCAUAUAAAACAUAGAGCUUACAUUACAUGCACGCAGUUUCAUGUCCCAUAAAUCUUUUAUAUUUUUUAAUUUACCUUUCUCUAAAUGAUGUGCAUGGAAUAUGCCUUAUUACAGAAAUGCUGUUCAUAAUUUGACUCUGUGGAAAAGUGCCUAUGUGGUGGGGAUGCUAGGAAGGCAGGGGAGACAGAUUAUCAUACCAGUUUACAUCACCAGUUAGCAUUUUAUAUUGUGAUGUUUAAAAAAAGAAAGUUUAUACCUCAAAUGUGUAUUUU